ACUGUGGGCUUCAGACCCAGGUAGGCCUCGUUGCCAUGGUUACUGUGAGGCCUAGUGCCUCUGAGGCCCAUGGUGGCCCUGCACCCCCACAGGCCUGGCAUCAUCUGUGGGCCCAGGGAGCGAGCCAUGGGGACCUGAAGGCCCCACAGCAGCUCCCACCAUUGCCCCACGUCCCUCCUGUGGUGUGAGGAGGGCUGGAGGAUGCAACCACACCAUGUUGUCCUCGCUGCCCAAGCACACAGGGCAGGGGACCCCAGACGGUGCCACGCUGCUUCCCACCUGCCCCCAGGCCAGGCCAGCCCCGUGACGGCGCGCUGCAUUGCCCCUGGAAAAUGCCAGAAGCGUCAAACUGUUGAGUCAUUCGCGCCCAAGAUUAUCUGUACAAACAGCCGUCCCUGAUUAUUUUUGUUAUGAUCUUUUUUUUUUUUUCUUUUUUUUCCUUUUAUUUUUUUUUUUUCCCCCAAGAAUGUAGCUCGGACCAUGGGGAUGAGCUGCUGAAAUCUCCGGGGAUCAGCAGGACAAUGCCAGUGGGAGCAUUGUGCUGACGGCUCUGCAAACGCUGGCACCGGCUCCGGGCCAGCAGCGCCCUAUAAAAGCUGAGCCGCUGAAGUAGGCAGACAUGACAUGGGCGAAGCAGCUGUACCGCCUGAGCUAGACACCUUUCCAGCAGCAAAGAUGGCUCAGACAAACCCUCUGCCUGUCCCCAUGGGCCCAUGGAAGAUCACUGUGUAUGACCAAGAAAACUUCCAGGGCAAGAGGAUGGAGUUCACCUCGGCCUGUCCAAACAUCAUGGAGUGUGGUUUCGACAACAUCCGCUCCCUAAAGGUGGAAUGUGGCGCCUGGGUUGGUUAUGAGCACACCGGUUUCUGCGGGCAGCAGUUCAUCCUGGAGAGGGGCGAGUACCCGCGCUGGGACGCCUGGAGCGGCAGCAAUGCCUACCACAUCGAGCGCCUCAUGUCCUUCCGCCCCGUCUGCUCUGCUAAUCACAAGGAAUCCAAGAUCACCGUCUACGAGAAAGACAACUUCAUCGGCCGCCAGUGGGAGAUCAGCGACGACUACCCCUCGCUGCAGGCCAUGGGCUGGGCCAACAACGAAGUGGGCUCCAUGAAGAUCCCCUGCGGCGCCUGGGUUUGCUACCAGUACCCCGGGUACCGUGGCUACCAGUACGUCCUGGAGGCCGACCACCACGGGGGAGACUACAAGCACUGGAGAGAGUGGGGCUCACACGCCCAGACCUCCCAGAUCCAGUCCAUCAGGCGCAUCCAGCAGUAGCUGCCUGGCGCCCGGCCCCACUUCUGAGCACAUCUUUGCAAGGUUUCUAAAGCUCACCGGCUCCCUUUUGGUGCUAAUAAUCCCCUCCUGAAAUAACAACCCCUUCUUGUACUGCAACCGCUUGAUGGAACAACACUCCUAAACGGUACCAGCUGCCACAAACUGCCAAUAAAUAAA